UUGAAAACAGAUCAGCAGCCUGAAGAUCUCAACACCACCGCAUGUCUCUGCGACAGGGUGAAGCCAAAGCGCAUUUAGUUCCAAACUUUUACGCGUACUCAAGAAAAACAAGCUUUUACGCAUCAUGUUAGUUUGCUGAAAUGCGCGCAGAGCACGCAAGCACAGCGCACCUCUUGGAGAAGAUGGAUUGUAAGAAAAAGUUAGAGUCGACUUGUGCUCCGCACUGAAUCGCUCUCCGGGACGGAGGGGGUGGUAAUGCAAACUUUGAGUGCGUCUAAACUUUUCUUAACUCGGUUCAUGGAGUUUCGCGGAGAGUCCGGAGAGGCUUGUUUGCGCGUUGUGCGUUCAAUGGUGGCUCCAGCUCAGUCCUAGUUCGGAAUCCGACACUGCAGGCGAAGUUUUCCUCGGACAAAAAGAGCGAGUGGGAGAGCCUCGGAGUGAACAGAGACGGCAGGGAAGGUUGUGACAGAAAUCGGUUAGCAACAUGGAGACUUCAGCUCCGACGGCCACCGAGAAGGAGGAGUGUAAGAGUUCAGGUCUGGAUGGAAGCAGCUUCUCAGAAAUCCCAAAGAAGCCCUCACCCACCACUUUGACCAGAGGUGCCCACCACCUCUUCCCCACAUUUCACACACCCAUCCCAAUCGACAUGAGGCACCACGAGGGGCGAUACCAUUAUGAGCCACACCCACUUCAAGCCAUGCAUGGACCUCCAGGACUGACAGGAAGUCCAGUCAUCUCAGAUAUUUCCCUGAUCCGUCUAUCACCCCAUGCAGCGCCCGGGACGGGUGAAUCACCGUUCAGCCCUCCACAUCCCUACGUCAGCCCCCACAUGGAGCACUACCUCCGCUCGGUACACGGCAGCCCCACCCUCUCUAUGAUCUCAGCGGCCCGAGGACUGAGUCCUGCUGAGGUGACCCAUGAACACCUGAAGGACCGUACCCUGUUCAGUCUCCCCCCUCCACCACCAGGGGCCAACCCCACAGAGUACUACCACCUGAUGGCCAGCCAGCGAAGCCCCUACGGUGACCUGCUGAUGCAAAGCGGUGCAGCGGCGGCUGCAGCGGCCGCAGCAGCGGCGGCCGCAGCUCAUCUGCCGGAUUACAUCAACCCAGUGGAUGUAUCACGUUUCUCCAGCCCACGGCUGACACCCCGGCUGAGCAGGAAGCGGGCUCUGUCCAUCUCACCGCUGUCAGACGCCAGCAUCGACCUGCAGACCAUGAUCCGCACCUCGCCCAACUCCCUGGUGGCCUACAUCAACAACUCCCGCUCCAGCUCGGCCGCCAGCAGCUCCUACGGCCACCUUUCAGUCGGAGGGAUCAGCCCCUCGUUCAGCUUCCCUCAUCACAUCAACCCCGUGGCGUACCAGCAGCUGCUGUCCCAGCAGAGGGGUCUCAACGCCUUCGGCCACACACCCCCUCUGAUUCAGCCGUCGCCAUCCUCUUUCUCUGCUCGCCAACACCCCCUCACUGCUUCGGCCAUGUCCGCCUCUCACAACAGCUCCAACUCUGAGGCAAACCAGAAUGCCAGCGGAGACCCAGCAGUGAGCAGCACAGUCAACCCACUGACCACCAAGAGGUCAAAGGUGAAGACGGAAGCAGAAGGUCUGCUGCCCAUCUCGCCAUCCUCUCAGGACCACGGUGGGGGGAUCUUGGACCUGAGUGAGGAUCUGGAUAAAGAUGAGUGCAAGCAGGAACCUGAGGCCAUAUAUGAGACCAACUGCCACUGGGAGGGCUGUACCAAGGAGUACGACACCCAGGACCAGCUUGUUCAUCACAUCAACAAUGACCACAUCCACGGUGAGAAGAAGGAGUUCGUGUGUCGCUGGGAGGAGUGUUCACGGGAGCAGAAGCCCUUCAAGGCUCAGUAUAUGCUGGUGGUCCACAUGAGGCGUCACACAGGGGAGAAGCCCCACAAAUGCACAUUUGAGGGCUGCUCCAAAGCGUACUCUCGCCUGGAGAACCUCAAGACCCACCUCAGGUCGCACACCGGUGAGAAGCCGUAUGUGUGUGAACACGAAGGCUGCAACAAGGCCUUCUCCAACGCCUCAGACCGCGCCAAGCACCAGAACCGCACACACUCUAAUGAGAAACCAUAUGUGUGUAAGAUCCCCGGUUGCACCAAGCGCUACACGGACCCCAGCUCUCUCAGGAAGCAUGUUAAGACAGUCCACGGACCCGAGGCUCACGUCACCAAAAAACAACGAAGUGAUGCAGCCCCACGACCACAGCCGCCCAAAGGCAACGGGGAGAACGAGGCCAAUUCCAAGUUCGGUGCAAGAGGCUUGGAAGGCAAGAUCGAAGCCAACAGCACCUCGAGAGGAGUGGAGGACUGCCUGCAAGUCAAAUCUAUCAAGACUGAGAACUCUAUGACAUAUCAGUCAAGUCCUGGUGGCCACUCGUCAUGUAGCAGCGAGCCGUCACCUCUCAGCAGCGCCAACAACAACGACAGUGGGGUAGAGAUGGCCAUGCACAGUGGGGGCAGCUUCGGGGAUCUCAGCACACAGGAUGAGUGUCCCAUGGUUGACUCCACUGUCCCCGCUGGGGGACAGCAGGCUGGGAUGGGGCUUCAGUUGAGGAAAGCCGUGGGUCAUGGUGGUGCGGUCACCAUCAAGCUGGAGAACAUCAAAAAGGAAAGGCUGAAGACAGUGAGGGACUCCUGCCCCUGGGUCAACUCUGCACCACAGCCACUGCAGGGCCAUCGCAAUAACAUGAAGCUGCCUCCCAUACCUGCAGUCGGUUCCCUGCUGGAGAGCUCCAACGUGAUGAGUAACUUGAGCAGUUCAUACCCUGCCCAACGCAUGGGUGACCUGUCUUCAUGUGAAGUAACACUGCUGAACCAGCUGAAUGAGCGCCGUGACAGCACCACCAGUACUAUCAGCUCAGCUUACACCAUGAGUCGCCGUUCCUCUGGUAUUUCACCUUGCUAUUCCAGCCGCCGUUCCAGUGAGGCAUCCCAGUUUGGUGCUAACCGGCACAACAAUAUCAGUUCUGCUGAUUCCUAUGACCCGAUCUCCACUGAUCUGUCUCGCCGCUCCAGCGAGGCCAGCCAUUGUGGAGGUGGUGGCGUCAGUGGAGGAGGUGGAGGAGGUCUCCCAAGCCUCCUUAGUCUGACACCAGCUCAGCAUUAUCGGCUCAAAGCAAAGUACGCUGCUGCCACCGGCGGAGCUCCGCCAACUCCUCUCCCCAAUAUGGAUCGAAUGAGCUUGAGGACCCGCAUGGCACUCUACAGCGACUCACAGGAAGGCUCAUCGCACCCAUUCCAUCAGCCGCCCUCUGGAACUGUGCCUCGGCGAUGCAGCGAUAUUGGAUAUGGCACACGUAGCAUGAUGCCCCAUGAGGUGCCCACCAACCUUCCACGCCGCGCUAGUGACCCAGUGCGUCGUCCCUCAUUGGACCCUCUCACCUUUCCAAGAGUUCAGCGCUAUAACAGCAUGAACAGCAUGAACCCUAUGAAUGGUCCAUCAGCUGAGCGCCACCAGGCACUGGCUAUGCAGGGAUACACUCGCUCUGAUGGCAGCCUGCAACGCUACCCAUUUGCUCCCAGACCACCUAGUAUUUCUGAGAAUGUUGCCAUGGAGAACAUGGCAGUAGAUGGGAUGAUGAAUGGGGGGGAGCAGAGUGGGGAGGAUGAUAUAGUACUUCCAGACGAUGUGGUGCAGUAUCUCAGGUCCCAGAAUUCUGGCCCCACAGGUCAUAACUCGGGGCAAGUGGACUACCAUUCCACCAGUCAGACUCAGGGCUACCAGACAGGCAUGGCCCCUCCAGCAUCAUUUUAUGCACAGAGGAGAAUGGCCAUGGUAGAUGCCACAAUGACUGGUCAGGACAUGCAGUCCUGCCCGAUGGGUCCCAGUGGCUCCCAGCAGCCAUUCUCAGCACCGUCAGAAAACAUGAACAAGAACAAUAUGCCGGUGCAGUGGAAUGAAGUGAGCUCGGGGACUGUGGACAAUACAACUAAGCUCUCCAAACAACAGCAGCACCCACUCAGGGGGAACCUAGCUGUUGUUCAGCAGAGACACAAUUUUGGUUCCUUCCAGGGACAAGGACAGGGCCUGGGCAGCAACCAGCAGGUAGUGCCUAUGAGUCAAAAUAUGUCUAUGCAGGGGUAUGUGAACCACAACAGCCAGAGGCUGAUCACCUACCAGCAACAUCAGCAUCAGAGGCAGUGCAACAGUCUGAACUUUAAUGAGCAAAUGAGUCCUCAGCAAGGGUUUGGCCAAGAGGCAAUCCCGAAUUCUAUAUCUGGGAGCACCAGCAUGAGACCUACCCAGAAUAGUAUGGCAGAUCCAGAACUGCAGAGUUACAGAGCAAGGACACAGGCUGAUGGGUAUUCUCAUGUGGGCCAAGUGGAUCCACAGCAAAAUUAUGGCGUUCUUUCACAACAGCAGCAGCACAAUAUCCACAAUGGAGGCAGAGGAAUGUUGCAACCCAGGCCUCCUACAGAACCCAAGUCCAUUUCCAGACAACAUACAGGGACUAGCGUGAUGCAACCAAACCGAAUACCCAAGUCAUCUGAUUUGAGUCCCGGUCGUGGAACUGACACUUCAGAGGCGAGUCCCAAGAGGCCCAGUGGGUCAGUAGAGCACAACAGCAACCCCGAAAAUCCAAACUCCGCUGUGUUCUAUACAGGUCAGAUUCAUAUGUUUGAGCCAUCUUCUGUCACCUUUGAUGCUCCCAUGUCCCCCUGUGCCAGCCAGGCUCCUGCUAGCAACACCACUGCUGCAGCUAAUAUGGCCUCACCAGGAGUCAACCUGGUCUCUAGCAGUACAGUCGAUUCUUCCACUGGCGGAUCAGGUGGCACGGAACAUGCCCAGAUCGACUUUGACACCAUGCUAGAUGAUGGGGACCACUCCAGCCUGAUGUCGGGUACCCUGAGUCCAGGCCUUCUGCAGAGCCUCUCCCAGAAUUCCUCACGUCUCACUACACCCCGCAACUCUGUCACCCUUGCGUCCGUACCGGCAGGGAUUGGCAACAUGGCCAUUGGUGACAUGAACUCUAUGCUCACAGCCUUGGCCGAAGAAAGCAAGUUCCUCAACAUGAUAAGCUGAGAGCAAUCAAACACCUUAUCAUCCAUCCAGUCUUAAGCAUUUCUACAUCAGGAAUAUAUGGACAACACAAGAAGGCACUGAUUGAACAAUGCACAUCUGGCUAUUUCAUACAUUUUUCUUCAUUGUCCAUAGGAAUUUGCUUAUCUUGUAAUAUUUGCUUCAGAUUAUGUAACAUUAAAAUUUAAUAGUGAGUAUAACUAGGGUCAAGGACAAUUUUCUAUCAUUAUUUGUUAAAAAGCCAUACAAAUAUUACCUACAAAUAUAUGAUAGCCCAGGGUAUAUAAAUACAUCAAGAACCAAUUGCCAUUCAGUAUUUGCUGGUGUAAGAGCCCUUUACAAAGUGGUGCACUGACAUCAGUUCACACAGUACCUUGCUGAGGACAUCAAGGUUAAGCAUCCGAGUAUGACAUGAAAACAAAAGUUACCAGAAAAUGGAAAAGAUAUGUAGAUAACAGAUAAUAUUUUCUCAUGAAGACCUUUAUGUGUAUAGGUUAUACUGUAUGGUACUUGCUUUAAGUUAUGCUAUUGACUUUUGAUGUUUAAACUAGGGCCAUCACAGGUACAGUAACAUAUGAACAUUUCUGUUAAAAACUCACGAAGAACAGGUGGGCAAAUUAUCCCAGGACUACAGUGAGAGCGUUUCACUUCACGCCUCAACACGCACUGAGGUUAGUGGACACAGACAAUUAAACCAACUUAGUACAACAAACCACGCAUUGAAAGACAUCGCAGUCCCUCCCCUUUCCAUUAUCCGCCUUACAGCUAUGUGAAAGGAGAAUUACUCCGUCCUGUGAGCUUGCUAGUAUGAGGGACCGACGUUUUGGGUCAUAUUAAAUAAGACAGAAUCGCUCACACAAUGUGUAAUUCACGGCACAAAAUUAUUUCUCUCGCCAUUAACUACCGAACAUAAUUCAUCUGAACUAAGGUCCCAUGGUGGUCCACUGAACUGGUGGGACUUUGCCUCUCUACAUGCACUUAUCUCAACUGUCUUGCAGCACAAGGACUAAACAAACAAUUCUAGCAAAUUGUCUUGUGCACAACUUGUUUUACACGGCUUUCAGUGACACCUUGAUAUUGAAAUGAUGGUUACUUUGUAAUCUGAGCAAAUUCUGCCCGCGUUAAACACGGUGAAAAUGGACUGUUUAUUUAUAACAGUCAUGAAAUAGAAAAUGUAACUAAUACCAUUCAACCACGCAUUUGUGAUUAAUUGUAAACGUACAAACUGAAACAUUUGACAGCCCUAGUUUAAACAUGUGGUUGUACAUCAUUAUGAUCCAUUGAUAUUAAGUGCUUUUUGAUCACGGUCUGAGCUCUUGGGGAUGGCACUGUAAAAUCAAAUGUCCUUCUUCGCCCUCUGGAUCAGAAGCAUUAACUCUCCAUGGUCUCAUCUCACAAGGGUAAAUGAUUGAAAAGGACAAGGAUGUGCCUCUGUGUUAGUCGAUCGGGGCAUGCAAACCCCUGUGUCUGAUGAGGAGCAUUCUCUGAAAGAAUAUACAAGUACCUCUGUGUGUUCUUAGUAGAGAUCCAAUCCUAAUUAACACAUUCAUACCAUCCCCCAUCUCUGCUGCAACCCAUACUUCCCCUGGGCUCUGGAUGAACUGCAAAGAGUCCAGGAAGGGACACAGACUUUGAUAAUGAAAUCUUUUUUCGGACAGGAUUGGUGAACUUGUCCUGCAAAUUCCUCAGUUUUACUAUGUUUGCUGAAUUUCUAAGUAGCCUUUAAGAUGUUUGUGUGUACGUAUCAUUCACUUUUACUGUGCUCUGUGCGUGUGUGUGUGUGUGUAUGUGUGCGUGUGUGUGUAUAUAGCUUUUGUACAUUUCAAAUAAACUAUCUCCUUUUUUUCUGUUUAAAUACCUGCGUUGUGUCAUCGUCUUUGAUAUAACAUGGUCUGUGGUCCCUGAAGGCCACAUGAAAGUUGGGUUAGAUGCUUUCAUGGAGUGAAAUCAUCUUUGCCAAGUUCUGUAUGUGAGGGUGAAGUAUGUAUGAAGGGUGCACACACACAGAGAGCUUUCUGAGCACCACACAUUAAUGAGAAUAACCUCGAAAAGAAGGUACUUACACUGCAUGUGUGGCCUGCGAGAGCUUGCAAAGCAUAUAUUUGUGCAGUACAAUUCUCGGCAGUGUUACAGAAGUACAAUGUCCAUACUGUCCAUAAACUGCACAUUACCAAACGCAUCCUGGUCUUUCCAGUUCAAACCUGACAUUUUUUACUUUGCAGUGGUGAGAUUUUAACGUCAUUGUCACUGAAAUUAAGCAUCUUUCUAUACUUCAGUUGGCAGGUUCUCAGGAAUUUAUUCACAGAAAUCUGAAGCUC